AUGGCAAAGCAUUGGCACAUUGUGUACCUGUGCAGUGUUUGUUUGGUUUAUGGCGCGGCGUUCAACCUGGACACUGAGAAUGUGCUGCAGAGACGUGGUGAUCCAGGAACCCUGUUUGGAUUUUCCGUUGCCUUUCACCAGCAGCUGAGCCCCGUCAGAAAGAACCUAUUGCUGGUGGGAGCGCCACGAUCAGAACACCAGAACCAGGGGAAUGUUACAGGUGUAGUUUACCAGUGUGAUCUGACUUCAACAUCUGAGCGCUGUCAGCCCAUUGAGUUUAACAAUGCAGAGUUCCUCGAUAGUAAAGGCAUAAAUGGCCAGUGGAUGGGCGUGAGAGUGACGAGCCAAGGUCCCGGUCAAAACGUAAUGACUUGUGCUCAUCGAUACCAGCAGUGGAGCCCGAGCCCAGGCGAGUACGUGCCUCGCCUGGUGACGGGUCAGUGCUAUGUCUUGGGGGACGACCUGAAGGUCGGGAAGGAAGAGAGGGACUGGAGGAGGGUCGUUUGUGAUUCUGAUCACCUAAUCAGACGUCGCAAGGACCAUGAGUGGUUUGCGUACUGCCAGCAGGGUCACGGAGCAGCUUUUGCAAAGGACAACAGAUCGCUGUUGUUCGGCGCCCCCGGCGCUUAUCUGUGGAAAGGAAUUGUGCGAAUGGAGCUCUUGGACAACCUGGAAAUGUUCAGUGAUGAUCCUCGUGAAACUGGGGAUAUUGACCUGUUUAAAUCAGAGCUCAUUCCUCUCCAGAGAGACAGCUACCUGGGAUUCUCCAUUGAUUCUGGUAUGGCCCUGAUCAGGAAGGGUGAGCUGACGAUCGUAUCAGGAGCCCCCAGAGGAGGCUACAGCGGCCAGGUGACAUUUCUUAAGGCGGAUCCUGUGGCUAAGAGGAGUUUGUCCGUGGAGGUGGUCCUCUCUGGUCCAGGCCUGGCCUCCUCCUUUGGCUACGACGUGGCUGUGGUGGAUUUCAACGGCGACGGGUGGGAGGACCUUGCUGUUGGAGCUCCGCAGUUCUGUGACAAAGAGGGUUUGGUCGGAGGAGCAGCCUACGUCUAUAUCAACAAGAAAGGGAAGAACUGGGAGGAUGUCGUUCCAACGCAGCUUCUUGGACAUAGAGAAUCCAUGUUCGGCCUCGCAGUGGAAAGCAUAGGAGACAUCAAUCAAGACGGUUAUGGAGAUAUUGCUGUGGGGGCACCAUAUGAUGGUUCUGGUCGCGUAUAUGUCUACUGCGGCUCAUCUGAUGGUAUCGACAAAAAGCCGGCACAGGUCCUCUCGCCAGGAUCCAAAAACAACCUGUUUGGAUAUUCUCUGUCGGGCAACUUGGACGUGGAUGACAAUCAGUACCCGGAUUUGGCUGUGGGGUCUCUCUCAGAUUCUGUUUUUAUUUACAGAGCAAGGCCAGUGGUCAGUGUUCGCAGCACUCUACAGGUGACACCAGGUGAAAUAGACAUCACAAAGUGUGAUACACUCACAUGUUAUCUUGCAGCUCAGGCAUGUUUCACCUACACUGCACAUCCAGCAUCAUUCAACCCCAAACUGGAGCUGAACUACACCUUCGAGGGGGAUGCUGGGAGGAGGAAGCCUCGCGUUCUGGGUUCGUCUCGGGGGAAACUGGAGCUGCCCGGGCGAGGGAAGGAAAUCUGUAUCGACACCCAGCUCCGACUUCUGCCUGACGUCAGAGACAGGCUGCACAACAUCCCCGUCUCCGUCACCGUGGCUCUGUUGAGCUCCGCGCAGACACGCAGGACGAGCAAAGACCUGCCCAACGUCGCUCCUGUCCUCAACCUCUACGAGCGGAGGAGCACUGUCUCCGAGGUUGUCCUGAUGAACAGGGGCUGUGGCAGCGAUAACGUUUGCCAAAGUAACCUGCAGUUAGAGUACAAGUUCUGCUCCCGAAAAACACAAAAUGGCCGCAAUGUGUUCAAGUCAUUGGCCAGGGAGGACGGUGUCGCAGUCAUUACUCCGUCGGAGGAAGACACAGCCUUAGAAAUAACCGUGACUAACAGAAACGGGGACGACGCUCAUCAGAGUCACUCAAUCAUCGUGCUCCCAAGUACUCUGCAUUACUCCUCCAUUAUCUACAACACCGCAGCAGAAACACAAAUGAGUUGUACUGCCAAUGAAAAAGGAACAUUGAUAGACUGUGAGCUUGGAAACCCGCUCCAGAGAGACGCUGACGUUACUUUUUAUGUCGUGCUCACGACGACCGGCAUUUCACUGAGUACAACGUAUGUCAACGUCACCUUGCAACUUGUAACGACAAGUGUGCAGACCAUUCAACCAGUUGAGGCAUUAGCCAAAGUGGUUUUCGAGCUGGAGCUUCAAGUGUACGGACUGGCCAGGCCUUCCCAAGUGUCACUUGGUGAGAAGGUGAUGGGUGAAAGUGCCAUAAAGGCAGUGGAUGAAAUUGGAACCCGGGUUCAAUAUCAAUUCAGGAUAGCCAAUUUGGGCAGACCGCUGAAAUAUUUUGCCAAUGCAUCGCUGAACAUCAACUGGCCGAAGGAGAACUCUGUAGGAAAAUGGCUUCUGUACUUGUCUCAAAUCACCAGUGAAGGUGUGCAGUCUGUCUCCUGCUCACCCGUGGAUGAGGUCAAUCCACUCAAACAUGUAAAGGGUUGGCACGAGCCGUCAAGAAAAAGACGGGAAGCCGAACACGAAGCCCUCUCCACCGAUGGAUUCUCAUUUCUAUCGACAAAGAGGAAACACACAACGUUGACGUGCUCUGAUGGGCUGAGGUGUGUGGAGGUACGCUGCCCUCUGGUGGGUCUGGACAGUGAUGCAGUGAUGGUCCUGCACGCACACCUCUGGAACACCACUUUGACCGAGGAUUACAGCUCUUUGAACUAUCUUGACAUUGAUGUGGAUGCCACCAUCACUUUGACGGACUCUCCAGAGAAUAUUGAACUUAAACCUGAGAAGCCUGGCACAAAGGUAAAGCUGACGGUGUUUUUUGAGAGAAAGACUAAAUACUUCACCAAAGUCGCCUGGUGGAUCAUCUUCCUAACGGUCGUUGCUUUGCUCCUGUUGCUGGCGGGUUUGGGCUUUUUGUUGUGGAAGCAUAAAUGCCUCAACUGUCUUGCACAUAAGACGCCCUCACACAACGAAGAUCCAAACACAGAGACUGCUCCUCUAAAAGGCCGAGAGGAGAAAGAAAGGGGGCGCUGAUGCCUCCUGCCCUGUCCACAUGUACACGGGUAUUUUUUUUUUUUUUUAACAGGGU